GCCUCCCAAAGUGCUGGGAUUACAGGCGUGAGCCACCGCGCCCGGCCCCUUGGCACCUUUUAAAUAUAAAAAGGGCGUUUUACAGGAAUCUGUGUCUCCCAUUGCUGCAGAAACAUCCAACUGAUCGCACUUUUUCUUCUUUCUUCUCUCGCCGACUCGUAACUCCUAUCUCAAGUUCACCAACAGGUCUAAUGACUCUGGCUGGCUGCUGGGGGCGAGGAGACUCGCAGAGUGCCUGACUAGUGGCCGCCCGCGCGCUCUGGACAGUGGCGGUAUCUCCUGGGUCCGGGCCCCGGAGCCGAACUCCUGCAGCAGAGCGCCUGGCUGAGCGCACAGCCUUGGCGACAGUCAGCUCCGCGGCCUCUGCUCCCGCCCCUCCCCGCCGCGCCGGGAAGGGGCGGAGACGAGGAGGAGCUGGGGCGGCCGCCGCGCUCUAGGGUGCACCAAGCCCUUUAAAAGCCGCGGGCCUUGACAGCUCCGCUGACAGCCGCCGCGGUCCCGCGCCCCCUGUCCGGCACUCCCAGCUCGCGAGCCGGCUCCGGGUGCGGCGAGGCGCCGUCCGCUCGGCUUGCGCGCGGAUAGCGGGACGCGCUCCAUGAGGCUGCUCGGCAUGUCCGGGCACUUUCUGCUCACACCUAUCCCCGAGUCCUCCCCGGACCUCCUGCCCAAGGACAUCAAACUGGCGGUGCUGGGCGCCGGCCGCGUGGGCAAGAGCGCAAUGAUCGUGCGCUUCCUGACCAAGAGAUUCAUUGGCGACUAUGAACCGAAUACGGGCAAGUUGUAUUCACGGCUGGUCUCCGUCGAGGGGGACCAGCUCUCCCUGCAGAUACAGGACACUCCCGGGGGCGUCCAGAUUCAAGACAGCCUCCCCCAGGUCGUCGAUUCUCUGUCCAAAUGCGUGCAGUGGGCCGAGGGCUUUCUGCUGGUGUAUUCUAUCACAGACUACGACAGCUACUUGUCCAUCCGACCCCUUUAUCAGCACAUCCGGAAGGUCCACCCUGACUCUAAAGCCCCUGUCAUCAUCGUGGGCAACAAGGGAGACCUUUUGCAUGCCCGGCAGGUACAGACACAGGACGGUAUUCAGCUAGCCAAUGAGCUGGGCAGCCUGUUCCUUGAAAUUUCCACUAGCGAAAACUACGAAGAUGUCUGUGAUGUGUUUCAGCAUCUCUGCAAAGAAGUGAGCAAGCUGCACAGCCUCAGUGGGGAAAGGAGAAGAGCCUCCAUCAUCCCUCGGCCCCGCUCUCCCAACAUGCAGGACCUGAAGAGACGCUUCAAGCAGGCUCUGUCUCCCAAAGUCAAAGCCCCCUCUGCACUGGGGUGAACCAUCUCAGACAGAUGUCUCUCCUUUUUAAUAUGCAUUUGUGCAGCUAAAAGACUGGGCUUCUCCCUUUUUAAUCACACAUUCAGAGUUUAUUUUUAUAAAAAAAAAUUGAUUUUCAAGUAUCUGUGUAUUUCUGAAAGUUCAAAAAGUGAUUGCCUAGAAGCUGGAUAGAACUUUGUUUUGUUUU